GUUAUGUUGUUAAAGGCAAUGCUUAUUUGAGUUCCUGUCUGCUUUUAUGUAUAGAGUCCUAAACACUGCAUCAAAUCUGGAUUCACAACUUUAUGGAAUAUGGUUUGGAGAUGAUGGAGGACAGGGGUCCACGUGUUGCCGACUACUUUGUAGUGUCUGGCCUGAGCAGUAACUCCACCCCUUUGGGUCAAGAGGUCAUUUUUGAUGAUGCUUGUCAUAAAGCAGCUCAGGCCAAACAGCCAAUCACAGAUGUGACUGUGGUGAUGCGAUCAAUAGGUGAAGAUGUUCCAGUAGGAUACACAUGUCUAGAGACCACACCCACAGGCCUCUCUGCCAAUCUGAACAAUGGGAGCUUGAUGGCCCCAGAGUUUUACAUAUGCUACAGACGCGGACAAGAUAAACCUCCUCUCACAGACCUGGGACUUAUAUAUGAAUGGAAAGAGAGACUUAAGCAAGGAUAUCAUAUUAUCCAGAGAACACCAUAUGGUCGCCCUGCCAACCUGAGUGGCACGUCUUCUCAAUGCAUCUACAUCACCUACCAGCGAGCACCCAACAGCCAUAACUCACGAGCCGUCACAGACAUCUGUAUCAUUAUACCAGGAAAAGGAGAAACACCGCCACAUACAUUCUGCAAAGUAAACAGGAACCUCAGCAGCAGUAUGUGGGGUCCAGCUGUAUAUCUUUGCGUCAAGAAGUCUGUGAUUAAAACCAACUCCAUUGCUUAUAAAGCAGAGCUGCUCAGUCGCUAUCCCGAAGAUGACUACAUAUCAUUUCCCCUGCCCGAGUCUGUCCCGAUGUUCUGUCUGCCGAUGGGCGUCACUGUUGAGCGCUGGUCGCCGCAUGUCAAGUACUCCCUCCCCACCUUCUCAACGUUCGUUCUGACUGGAGCAUCCGGAGACAAAGUAUAUGGUGCAGCAUUGCAGUUUUUUGAGGCCUAUCCAGAAGAACAUUUAACAGACAUGCAAAGAAAACAGCUUCAAAUGAUGGAGUCCAAAGCCACACAAAUGACUAAAUCCUCCUGCACUAUUAGCACAUGCUCCACGGGGACCUCAGAAGUCAUGCACACUAAUAAGUGCAUCUGUGUCCUCUCGCACUGGCCUUUCUUUGAUGUCUUUAAGAAGUUUCUCACCUUCCUUUACCGCUAUUCCAUAUCUGGACCUCAUGCUCUGCCUAUAGAAAAACACAUUUCCCACUUUAUGCACAAAGUUCCUUUCCCUACCGCCCAAAGACCACGAAUUCUUAUUCAGCUUUCCCCUCAUGAUAGUUUGCUGCUGAGUCAGCCAAUGUCAUCUCCUCUUCCUCUAAGUGGCGGCCGGUUCUUGACUCUCCUGAAACACUUGGGUCCUGAGAAUGCCGUGACUCUGCUGGUGUUUGCAGUGACUGAACACAAGAUAGUGAUGCACUCUUCACAGGCAGCUGUACUAACUAGUGUCGCAGAGGCGCUGUUGUCUAUGAUCUUCCCGCUCCACUGGCAGUGCCCGUAUAUCCCUCUGUGCCCGCUGCCAUUGGCUGGUGUACUCAGUGCGCCCUGCCCAUUCAUUGUGGGUGUUGACUCACAAUACUUUGAUAUCUAUGAACCUCCACCAGAUGUCAUUUGUGUAGACUUGGACUCAAACAAUAUCUUCCGUACAGAUGACACGAGAGCUCUGACAUGGAAGAUCCUUCCAAAGAAGUCCUGCAAAAACCUGCUGAAUGCCCUCAAAGACCUUCAUGUGGAGGUAUCUGAAGUGGUCCAAAGGCCCAGAGAUGAUGUUGUGGUGGAUUUAUCGAUGUUGGAUAUUGAACUCAGCAGUGGACGGAGUGUACCAACAGUGGAACUAGCGAUUCAGGAGGCGUUUCUGCGCUUUAUGGCUGAUAUUUUAAAGGGUUAUCGAAACUAUCUCCAGCCCAUCACCAAAAUCCCUUCAGCUAAAACCACAGAUGCCAGAUCACUGUUUGACCUACAGGGGUUUGUGAGGCAUCAGGACUCCUCUAAUCAAACAUUUUACUCACUAAUGACAGAAACGCAGAUGUUUAUGCAGUUUAUCCAGGAACGCUCAUUUGUCAGUGAUAAAGAUGCCAGUCUGGCUUUCUUUGAUGAGUGUGUUGAGAAGAUGGAAGGAAGCCAGAAUGACGAAAGCAGACUGAUUGAACUGAAUACAUCUCAUUGUAGUGAACACACAGUAUUUGUCACCCCACCUGAAUUACCGCCAUUACCUGAGGGAGAGGAGCAUCCACUGUGCUACAGGUACAGUGGGUUUCCUCUGUUAACAAAUGAAUUGUUUGAUCAUGUGGUUAAGUUUCCAACCAGCACUAAACAACCAGCCAUCCCACAGAGCGGCCCAACUAACCCUGAUCCCACAUUCAGACGGACAAAACAGGAGAUAAAGUCAGCACAGAAGAUCGCUCAGAAACAUUCAUCUGUUCCUCAGCUCUGGUCCAAGUGUCUUCUGAGAUGCUCUUAUGGUCUCUGGUUUAUUUGUCUGCCGGCGUACGUCAAAGUGUGCCAUUCAAAAACACGAGCGCUGCACUUUGCAUAUGAUGUACUGAGAAAGAUGCGGAGAAAAACACGGCAGGAGCCAGAUGAGGUGUGUUACCGUAUUGUAAUGCAGUUAUGUGGGGAGUACGGUCAGCCAGUUUUAGCAGUCAGGGUGCUGUCUGAGAUGAGAAAGGCUGGAGUUCAGCCAAACGCCAUCACAUAUGGAUAUUACAACAAGGCAGUGUUGGAGAAUUCCUGGCCAUCCAGCACAAGAGGAGGAUAUUUCCUUUGGCUAAAGCUGAGAAAUGUUGUAAUGGCAAUUGCUCAGUUUAAAAGGGCCCUGAAGAAACAGCAAACCUUUGUGACACACACCCCUUUAUCAGAGACUGACAAUGUCAACAGCAGUGAUUUUAGGCUCCACACAGCCGACACUAUUUCCUCCUCACCACAUCUUGGAAUUUUCCGUAGCAACUGUUCCCAUGAGAGUCAAGUAGAUCAUGAAGCAGGACUGUUGUUCUCUUCCUCAUUGGAAGAGAUUGGUGUGGUACAAAGAAAUAGCAGCUCUCGUAGAUGCCAAAAGUCACUAGAUGUUUCUGUAGGCUGGCCCAGUGGCCAACAAGAUUGUUAUGACACAUCUGAGCUGGAUUUGGGCUCACAAAAGUGUAUUGGGAGACCCAAGACACAAGACAUAAACACACAUGGCAAGUUUUCACCAUCCUGGAGUCAAGGCAUGACCUCAAGCAACAAGGAAAAGAGAGUGUCUGGUCCUGACACAAUACCCAUCUUUGCUUUUGAAGACUUGGAAUUGGAGGCAGAGAACACAGAGGAUAAAAAUACACAAAUUAUGUCGAAUGACAAUGGAAGUGUUGGAGCCAGACGUCUGUCCAGAAGAAUUGGAGUUAAAACAGGUUUUGACCCCCUUUCUCUGCUGGUUUCAGAGUUUGAGGAAGACGAAUCCUUGGUUCAGGACACCAACUGUGCUCCCACUGCUAGUCGCCAUCUGGCAGAAGAAAUCGAGAUGUAUAUGAAGUACUCUUGCAGUCCACGUAGCAGUCAAGUCCUAAGCAUGGACCUUGCAAUGCCUUCAAACUAUUUCCCUGCUGGCUUUGACUCUGGUGUACCUGAAAAUUCUGCGUCAAUGGCUGGUGCCUUACCUUCUCAAACCACACAUUACCAAUCUUCAUCCAUCCCAUGGGAGAUGGCAAAAGAGACUUCCAGUUCAUUCCUGGCUUCAACCUCUCCCUACUCGUCCUUUGGAAUAGAUUCUCUUCUUCCACCAACACUGGACGUUCUCAAGACUAGUGUGAUGUCUGCAGGAAAAGGUGUGGCUGAGAAAGCCAGUCGCUUAUACUCACACUUUGCCACUCCGUCCAAAGAUAGCCAUUCAGACAAACUGUUUUCAACUGAGAAGGACAAUUAUGCAUCUCUACAAGGGGAAGGGGUGUUUUCAUUCAGUGAAGGACAUUGUACGACUCCAAGCACUGACAGCCUGUCGGCCAGACAUGAAUGUGAGCAGUUCUUUGAUAACACAAUGAAACAGCUCAACUCAGAACCACAAUCAGCAUUCUCAUGCUGUAUUUAUGCACCUCAGGACUGCUCCUUCGCAGACAAAUCUGAAACAGAUUCCUCUCAGUAUGCAAACAAAGAUACAGUCUAUGCUAUGGAGAUCCUGAUAUCGAGCUGCUCACGGUGUAAAACAUGUGAAUGUGUUGUAUAUGAUGAGGAGAUUAUGGCGGGCUGGACAGCAGAUGAUUCUAAUCUGAACUCGACCUGUCCGUUCUGCGGAAACCCAUUCCUGCCUUUCCUGAACGUGGAGAUCAGGGACCUCCGCGAGCCCGGAAGCUUAUUUCUGAAAAGUAGUCCAUCAGAGAAUUUGCUGUCACCCUCAUCAACCCAGACAGUACUCUGUUCAACAUCAUCACUUCAUGACAAAUACAGAAGUUCUUACUCACAGACACCAAGUGUGAAGAUUCCUUCAAAACAGGUCACUUUGUGUUCAGAGGAAACACUGGUACACAGCAUCCAGUCCUUUGGGUCUUUGGAGGAAUCUUCUAGAUCUGUCCAGUGGGCUAGUUCUGCGAUCCCAUCGUCAAGAUGCUCCAAAGAUGCUCUGAACGCUCUGAGCAUGUCCUGGCGCUUGCAUCAUCCAGAGCCAGUAACGGUGCCAUACCUGAGUCCAAUGGUGUUGUGGAAGGAAUUGGAGAGCCUGCUAGAGAAUGAAGGCAAUGGCAUCAUCUGUCACUCCACUGUGGUGGACAAUCACCCAAUCAUCUUCUGGAACCUUCUGUGGUACUUCACACGAAUCGGCCUGCCAAGCAAUCUGCCUGGUCUCAUUCUUACUUCAGAACACUGCAACAGAGGAUCACAGGUUCCACGCCAUUGGAUGUCUGAGGACAGCAAAUAUAUUCGAGUGCAGCUUCUCUGGGACAACCUUAAACUGCACAAAGACCAAGCCCAACCUUUAUAUAUUCUUUGGAAUACACACAGUCUUAGUUACCCAGUUUCUCAAGGUGUGUAUAGAAGAGAUAGUAUGUUCAGUGAGGAUCUGCUGCAGACAGUGAUUGAAAGCAUUGAGAAGGAUGAUGUUUAUACCCCUGUUUGCCAGCUGCUACAGCUGUUAUCAUACUCAUCCGGAGCUCACAGAAAGAGAAGUUUAUACAGAGAUAUUCUCUUUCUGUGUAGAGUUGCACUUGGUGAAGAAAACAUAGAUAUUGAUGUCUUUGAUCGAGAGUAUCAAUCAGCAUAUGACCGCCUGAAUCCUUCACAAAUCAAACUCACUCAGAAUUGUGACCGACCGCCGAGCACUGCUAUUAAAGAGUGCAGGAAGACUUUUGGAGAGCCUUACCUAAGACUAUAAACUUAAUCUGCUACUUUUUCUCUAAACUUUGUUUUCAUCAAAAAGUUGGAACUAAUGUAAUGAAAGAUUUUCCUGGGUCCCACUUUAGGUGUCUUUAACUACUAUGUACUAACAUUACAAUACAACAUAUUUAUUGUGUAACUACAUGUUGUUCUCACAAGAUUCACAUUUGCUGCUACUGAGGUUGAGGUACGGGUAGGUUUAGGUUGAGGGUUAGGAGUAAGGUUAAGAGUGUAACUACAGAUGUAUUUAAAACAGGAACUUUAAAUACAAGUACAAUGCAACAGUACAUAUGUACAUAAAAAGUACAUCGUAUCAAAUGCUUUAUAACUACUUAAUAGUAGUUAAAGACAACUUAUAUAAAGUAGAUCCUUUUUCUGCAAUAUGAAGUCUGAAUAAUAAUAAGCAAUAUUAGAAAAAAUAUGUUUAAGUGCUGAUUUUAAUCUCCUCAUCAAAGCUUUUCAAAAUGUUAUCUCUUGAACUACAUGCUGAAAGUUAUUAAUUACUUCAACUGACCCUUUGCUAAGCUCCGCCUAUGGCGUACAUUUUUACGUCAAAUGUAUUGUGGUCGCAGAAAAAAAUAAAGAUGUCAUAAAAUCAUAAGAUAAAAAGCACUAGCAAUAUAUUAAAAAACAAACUGAAGCAAAAUAAUCUAUAUUUCAAACAAAGUAAAGUUUUUAUAAUUGGUCAAUAGCAAUUUUAAGGUGGCACUUAACGAAGGGUCAAUAGAUCUGUUCAGGUUGUAGUCCUAAAACACGGGAAAGAAUUUGCCAUGGGUUCCCUCAAGAUUUUCCUAUGGGUUUUUAUAAAGGGGUUAUUGAACUUAUGAGAAACAUAAGGUCUGUGGUAAACAUUACUUGACGAUACGUGGACAUGUUUUUCUACAACAUAAAUUACACAAACUCAUACAGCAAACAUGAAUUUUGAAGCCGUAUUGAAUUACACAUUUUUGAAGAUCACAUUUUAGAUACAGUGGCAAGAAAAAGUAU